CGCUAUCUGAUCUAUACGCUAUCUGAUCCAUACGCUAUCCAAUCCUUACGCUAUCUGAUCCAUACGCUAUCCGUUCCAUACGCAAUCUGAUCCAUACGCUAUCUGAUCCAUAUAUAUCCGAUCCAUACGCUAUAAAAUGGCUGAGGUCCCCAUUAACUUGUAAUAGUAGAAAUUUAAAUAAUUUUGAUGAACUAGACUGGACAGUAGAGAGGGAGGAGAUGCCACCAACAAAAGACUCGAAUUUCUCAAUGAUAUUUACAGAACAGGCGGCGAAUCUGUGGUAUUGCAGGAUGACAGUGUGAGACUGAACGAGAAUGACGAGAUAGUAAUUGAAGUGAAUGAUACGGAUCUCGAUGGAAUAACAUUUUAGAAUUGUUUCUCACAAUGAAAUAGUUUUACACCUGUAUUAUCCGAAUAGUUUAAUGAAUCAAUACAAUCAAUAUUCAUAUCUUCAAUCUACCCUAUACACACAGAAUUGUAUUAUCUUUACUAGUUCUCUGUAUACCGUCAAGGAUUUAACACAUACAAAAUCUUUUAUUGAUAUGCAUACACAGCACACACAUACAGAAAUAGUUUUACAGCCAUUGACAAAUUUAAACAAAGAACUGUGUAUUAGAUGUUAGUCCGUGACAUAUUAAGGUCCAGACUUUGGGUUCAUAAGCAUAUGUGAAGCAAGUAUAGAUUUAGAUAUCUUUUAAAGAUAAUUAUUUAAACAAAGAACUGUGUAUUAGAUGUUAGUCCGUGACAUAUUAAGGUCCAGACUUUGUGUUCAUAAGCAUAUGUGAAGCAAGUAUAGAUUUAGAUAUCUUUUAAAGAUAAUUAUUAAUAAAAUGGAAACUAAUGAUUUUAAGAUAAUAUGCUGUUAUUUCUAUAAAAUUAAGUAUUGAUGGAAUAUAAUCCUAUUGUUAAUUACAGAUUACAAAUGCUGACAGAAUAAGCCUUGAAUAAGAUGGAUACUACAGAAGUAAAGGAGAUGGAUACUCUUCCCCCCAGGGAACAGGGUAGCCAUGUUUUAGGGUUUGUGAAGAAGUUAAGCUGGAGAGGAUUUGCAUGUCUGUGUACCUAUAUGCUAGGAUACUGGAACUGGAGUAUAGCCUGGAUGAUCACCCCACUUAUUCUUAGUGCACUCAGGGAUCAAUAUAAGAAGGAGAGAAGACAAAGAUUGGCAGCAGCAAGAGAAGCCGCUUUAACAAAUGAACAGGCUAUGAUAGAAUCAAGGUUUAGAGAUACCACCUCCAGAAUGUUGGUUGAUGAUUUACCAUCCUGGGUAUACUUCCCUGAUAAGGAGAGAGCUGAAUGGGUCAACAAUAUAAUUAAACAGUUGUGGCCUAAUGUGAACAAUUAUGUGAGGAAAACAUUAUUUGAAACUGUUGAGCCCCUUGUCACAAACAUUCUCAAUGGAUAUGGAAUCAAGGGUUUCAAAUUUGAAAGAGAGCGAGUGUAUCUAGGACAUGUUCCGCCAAGGAUAACAGGAGUCAAGGUUUACAAUGAGAAAGAGACGAGCAGGAACGAGAUUAUCUUGGAUAUAGAUAUUGUAUUUGCCAGUGAUUUAGAGGUUGAGUUUAGUGUCAAGAGGAUUAAAGCUCGGGUAUCUGAGUUUAGUCUCAGGGGUAUGCUGAGGGUUGUGCUGAAGCCCCUGAUCUCAGAUAUCCCUCUUAUUGGUGGCGUUCAGGUUUUCUUCCUUUCUGAUCCUGAAAUUGAUUACAGUCUUGGUGGAGUCGCGGGUGCCCUGGAUGUUCCUGGUUUAGAUAAUAUUGUUCGAAAUAUUGUUAUUGAACAGAUACGGAACUUUAUUGUUCUUCCCAACAAGUUCUACCUGUCAUUGUCGUCUUCCAUUCCUAAGAAAGAUCUAAUCUGUCCUAACACUGCUGGCGUGCUGAGAGUAACACUGAUACAAGCGAAGGAUCUAAUGCAGAAAGAUGUUGCUAUUGUAGGCAAAGGUAGUAGUGAUCCCUAUGCUAUACUUACUGUUGGUGCUACAACCUACAAAACUCCAACCAUCACAAAUAACUGUAAUCCAUCAUGGAAUAGGACUUAUGAUUUCCCAAUAGAGGUCGUGCAUGGCCAAGACUUCACGAUGGAGUUUUUUGACGAGGAUGAUCGACGUGAUGAUGAAUUCUUGGGUCGAGCCAAGGUUCAGACUGCAGCUGUAGCUGAACGAGGAGAGAUUCAAGGGUUCUGGGUGGACCUAGAGGAAUGUGAGUCGGGAAAAGCUCAGGUAUCUCUGAGCUGGCUGCCGGUUACAAGCAAUCAGACCCAUGUCAGGGAGAUGAGCAAGGGUGAUGGAGAGGAUGAAAAUGCUAAAUGUAUUCUUCACAUUUUUGUUGAUAACUGUACAGGUUUGAAUAAUGCAAAGAAUCCUGGCUACAAACCCUCCCCUGUAGUCCAGAUAACUUGUGGCAAGGAUGUAAGACAGACCUGGCCUAAAUCCUUCACUUCUAACCCAGUAAUUGAACAAGGGUUUGUCAUGCUUGUCAACAAUCCUCAUGCUGACGUCAUCCACAUCAAGGUUCUAGAUACUAGUAAACAGAACAAUUGUAUUGGAACUAUGAGUGUUAAUGUUUGGAACAUUAUCAAACAACCGGAUAUGGAAUACCCUCUUCAGCCAUGGAUUCUCAAGGGAUCAAGUUCUGAUGCUCAGAUAACCAUGUCUGUGUCUGUCAGGGGUUUGAUGAAACAGUCAUCGUCGCCUAAGAAAACAGCUGAUGUAACUCCACUCAUAGACGGUCUAGGAAUCGAACAGAGUAGUGGCAUUCAAGUUAAAACAGCUUUAUAUGAUGAAACUGUUAAAGCUGGGACAAUCAAGUUACAGCUUUUUAAGGGCUCAAAUCUGGAGAAAAAGGACGUGAAUGGUAAAUCUGAUCCAUAUGCCAUCAUCUCAUACGAAGAUCAAGAAUCUAAAACUAAGACCUGUAAGAAUACAGUAGAACCUGAAUGGUACCAUGAAGAAGUAAUCAAUAUCAAGGAGAACGGUGACAAUCAAAUUCAUAUUCGGGUCUUCGACAAAGACAAGAUUGGGAAGGAUGAACCGUUGGGUUUAACAACACUUGAUGUAAGAAGGGUUUCCUAUGCCGGCUCUAUUCUUCAGGAAUGGACCGAUCUUUCCCAUUGUAAGAGUGGAAAGAUUCUUCUCUCUGCAGAAUUUACUCCUAAACAAUCCUUUAAGAAGGAGGAAGUUGAAACAGUUGACCCUGUUCAAAAGAAAGAAAUUGGAGAUCAUUUAAAGGAUGAAGAUCUCCUGAUCAAACUAGACGAACCUGCUGUUGAUGUGACAGAUCCAGGCCAAAGGUCUCAAUCUGAACCUUCAUCCCCUGCCCCUCAAUCUUCAGCUGAUAAUACACUUGGCUAUAUGGUUGAGGAUGAGAAUGAUAUAACUGGAAAUGAAAACACUGAAUUUACUUUCACCCCUGCAGAGCCUCAGCCUGUUCAGGAAUCUGGAUUCUUGAAUGCUACUGUUCAUAGAGCUAUUGACCUGGAAAAGAAAGAUUUUGCUGGAAAAUCAGAUCCUUAUGUUGUACUUAGAUUUAACCACCAGAAAAUGAAAUCCAAGGUCUUCAAGAACAAUCUUAACCCAGAGUUCAACUUCCAGGAACAGUUUGUUUACAAGGUUGGAGAUUCCACCUUGAUGAAGAUAGAGUUGUAUGAUGAUGAUGUUGGUAAGGAUGAGUUUCUAGGAUCAGUAGUUAUUGAUUUAUCUGGAGUGGUUGCUGGCCAGGAUAUAAUAAACCACUGGAAGGAUUUGGAAGGAGUCAAACGAGGAAAAAUAUGCUUCUCUUUUGAAUUUUCUCUUCACGAGAAAAUCGAGCAAAUACGUCGUCCAUCGCACAAUAAUAUAAUUGCGGCAGCCAUAUCACCAACAAUCAGUAUUGCAAGUCCUCAGGCAUCUAUUGGAGAAUUAGGAGAAGGAGAUGAUGGUUUAAGGAGAAGAGUAGUUGGAACAAAUGGAAAGAUCCGUCUUACUAUUAUAUAUGAUGAUUUAAAGAGUGAGCUAAAACUAUUCGUUCAUGAGGCCACUGGUCUUCCAGGUGGUGAUCUACCCGACCCCCCAGACCCAUACGUAAAGAUCUACCUGAUGCCGGGGAAGAGAAAGAAGAAGAAGACCAGCGUGGUGAAGGAUACAGGGAACCCAAGGUUUGAUGAAGAGUUUGAUUUUGAUGUUUCUUUCAACAACCUUCAAGAGCAUAGUCUAAAGAUUUGUGUGGUAGAUAAGAAGGGAACCUUCUCUAGAGGUCCUAUUCUAGGAGUUACCAUGGUAUCUCUAGACAACCCUGGUCUACUACAGGAACUAUUUUCAAAUCAUAAUAAAGGGUUGAAAACAACUAUUGAAUUCUAUAUUUCAAGAAUAAAUAUAGAUUGUAUAUUUUUAGGAUGAAUACAGAAAAUAUAA